AGAACCUUUUAAAUGAUGAAGAUUGCACUUCUGUUAAUCUGUUUCUUGGUAGCAGCCUUUGCAUUCCCGUUGCACAGGCAUCGGAAAAUUCGGUCUGCCAGUUCAGAGGAACAAGAGGCAAAAGAAAAUACAGAAAAAGAGGAAAGUGAUGACUCUUUAGAGGAGAAUGGAGAUACCUCAGAUGAUAGUGACUCCAGUAACUCGGAUGAAUCAGAUGAAAGUAAUGGCGAUGCAGAGGAACCUGUCAAUGAAGCUGAUGAAAAUGGUGGAAAUGAAGCUGAUGAAAAUGGUGGAAAUGAAGCUGAUGAAAAUGGUGGAAAUGAAGCUGAGGAAAAUGGAAAUGGGAAUGAUGGCAAUGGAGAAGACGGAACUGGCAAUGAGGAGGAAGUGUCUGAAAAAAGUGGUUUGCAGGUUAAUGGGGACCAUGGAGACAACGGGGAAAAUGGAGCUGUUGACAGUGGUGACAAUGGAUAUGAUGCCAGUGGUAAUGAAAUUGCUGAAAAUGGAGACACUGGUGUUGACAUUGAAGAAGCUGGCAACAGUGAAAAUGAAUGGGAGGCUAAUGCUGAAAAUAGUGUUUACUAUAAUAAUGGGGGAGAUACCGAUGGCACUAGAAAUGAGCACUAUUACAAAACUGGAGAUUAUAAUGCUGAAGAUACUGGUGACAAUAGUGAGAAAACUAAUGGACAGAACACUGACAAUGAGGGAGACAAUGGAGUAGAGGGGGAGUAUGACAAUGGGGGAGACAAUGAAAAAGAUGGAGAUUAUGACAAAGGAGGUGACAAUGGUGACGUUGGUGAAAGUGAUGAUUAUGACAAUGCUGUCAUCAAUUAUAAAAAUACCUAUGCAAAAAUAUGAUUUUGUCUGUACUCAAAUGAAUAAUAUAUUUCAGUGGUUUCAAUAAUAAAGCUUAAGAUGUACUAUGCCAACAUUACAUUAUUUACAUAUAAUAUGCUUUGCACAAAGAAUGUUUUAAACAUAUUAUGUUUAAAUAUGAUAGUUUCCCUUUAAAAAGUGUAUUAUCUUCCACAUGUCAGCAAAUAUAUAGUUCUGCACUAGAGAAGCUAGUGAUUGAUGCAUUGACUGCAGACUUAUGGUUUAAACAAAUUAGAAAUGUACAUAAAUGAACAAUGGAAAUCAUGACAAAUGCAUAUUAUAUAUGAUGGAAAAACAAAGUGACAUUUUUGAUUUUUUUAAUUCAUUUGCUAGUUUAGAUAAUACAGCUUCAUGCUUUUUUUAUACUAUUGUAGACAAAAUAAUUUUGUUGGCAGUUGUUCUGACCUGUUAUGCCCACUUCUUUUAAACAAAAAAGGAAAUCAAACAGUAUUGGCUACUUUGAUUACUUAAAUAAACACUCCUGUAGAGUAAGCUUAUAUAUAGGGGCCACAGGUUGAUGUCUGGGGAGGUGCAUGGCCUCAUGUGCAAUCCUGCCUUGAAAUGUCAAUGUUAUCAGUCUAAAAACAUUCUGAAAAACAAAAGUAUUUUUUUAUAUUUGUUAACCUCCUGCUGCUGCAGGUAGUAACAUGAGCAUGCCCAUGCCAAAGUGACAUAGUGAACCCCACAUUUACCAAUACCUUUGGAGGACCUGUUUAAACAGUACUGUGAUUUCUUUUAAAUAAAUAGAGCAUACUCUUGGUAAACUGCGGGAGAAUUUGGUAAAAAAAAUCACUAAGGAAUAAGUUGGGGACCGUGAUUUAAAUAGGCCCUUUUCAAAUUACUGCCAAAUUAUCUAAUAAAAAGUAUAGUUAUCUUGUUUUGUUUUAGACACUUUUGUCCUGUUAUGUGUUAAGAACAAAGAUCUGGCAUAAGGUUUAUUUGGUGUUAUAUGUUGUGUAUUAUGGAUGGUUCAUAUGAUUGUUAUAAUGGUUGAAUGUGGUCUUGU